UGUCAUAUUUUCUUUUCUUUUUUAAUAGUGUUAUAUUUAUACUUCAGGUGGAUGGAUUUUGCAGCUUUGUAUUCACUCUGUUUUUAUUUAGUAAUACAAUAACCUACAGGUAAAUCAUUAAAGUCGUUGGCCACAGGCAAUACAGAAAAGGAUAGAUGAGUGUUAUCUUGUUGUCUCCAGUUCUCCAUCCCCAUCAUGACUGUCUGUCUCUCGCCUGUUCACCUGUCUCACCUCACGGACUGCGCGAAUCACAACACACCGACAGGGGCGCUAGCGAGCAAAACCGAGUCUAGGUCAAAAGGUGUCAUCGUUUUUAUGGGGGAAAAAGUUCUAGAUGGUCGCUCGUAUAGUUCGUCGAGGACUCAGCAAACGCCAGAAGAGAAAACAUGUUUUACGAGAGCUCCGCAUGGAAGAAACACAAAAGUUGUGGGACUUCAACUCUCCUACCCAUGACUCCUAAGAAACCUCAUCAGUGGAUGCAAGUGGUCGGACAUGCAGGGAGCUUUCAUGUUGGGGAUUAUGGCACACUGCUGAAGAGAUUUUGUGAGGGGGAGCAGCAAUGCUACCUUAGGCUGAUGGAGGAUGUGUUGAGGCCCUAUGUUCCAGCCUAUCACGGUGUGGUGCAGCGGGACGAGCAGAAUUAUAACAUAAUGGAUAACUUGCUGACCCAUUUCAACAGACCGGCCAUCAUGGACUGCAAGAUGGGGAGCCGCACAUACCUCGAGGGGGAGCUGCUGGUGGCCAGAGAACGGCCCCAGCCCCGUAAAGACAUGUAUGACAAGAUGGUGGCCGUGGACCCAGAGGCCCCGACGGUGCAGGAGCGAUCCCAGCAUGCAGUGCUGAAAACCAGGUACAUGCAGUGGAGGGAAACACUGAGCUCCACAACAUCUCUGGGUUUCCGUAUCGAAGGAUUCAGGAAGUCAAACGAAGAGUGCGACACAAACUUCAAAAGAACCAAAAGCAGAGAGCAAGUGAUUGAGGCACUGGACAACUUUGUUGAUUCCAAUACUCACAUUGUGUGGGGAUAUCUCAGACGGUUGAAACAACUGCGGCAGGUCCUGGAGGCGUCAGACUUUUUCAGGACACACGAGGUGGUUGGCAGUUCCUUACUGUUUCUACAUGACUGGACAGGUAGAACAGGAGUCUGGAUGAUUGACUUUGGAAAGACGGUGGUAUUACCGGCACACCUCACCUUGAACCACCGCACUCCGUGGGAAGACGGCAAUCGAGAAGAUGGCUACCUGUGGGGUCUGGACAACCUUAUUGAUAUGCUGGCCGACAUGCUGCCCCUGACCUGAACUCAUGUCCAAACGAGUGGAAAUUCACUCCUAACCCCUCCGUCACCACUCGUGAGCGAGUGACUGCAGAUGCAGUGCAGUGUGUCAGAAUUGGGAGAAUUAACUUUGUACAUAAUAAGGGUGUGAAAAAGGAAGAUGUGAUUGAACAGAUUUUCUUUUAGAAAAUUACAAUAGCUAAGAUAAGAUCAUUGGUGAUUUAUGCAAAUCCCCACCCAAGCCCUGUGAAGUUUGACCUACACUCACUACACUACACUCAGGAGACGCCGACCCAGCGGUCUUAUUUUAGCGAAAACAUGUACAAGCAAAGACAAAGACGACUUGGCUGUUUGGGAAGAUCUGCAGUUUAAAUGUCACACUGUGUCAUUAAAAUGGUGCUAAAAUGUUAGUGGACUUAUUUCUCUAAAGUUACGGUGUGUAACAGUAUACAGUCUACAGUUAGGGGGCAGAAAUGGAAUCUAAAACUACCGCGUGAAAAUAAGAAUUAUUGCGUUUUCGUUACCAUUAUGCAUGAUGUCACCAGAUCCUACACACCCUUUCAUUCUAGCCCUUUAAUGAAUUGGUUCUCCUUAUUAUUAUUAUUAUUAUCAUCAAUGGUUUUCCUAAGAUUGUGAACAAAUUUUCCCAUUUGCAGCUGUUUUGAAGAUAUAUCUGAAACCGCUACCAGGAAAGUUGUUCCUUUUGCACACAAGGAUUUAUGUUUAUUAUAGGGCCGGGACUCGAUUAAAAAUAUUAAUCUAAUUAAUUAGAGGCUUUGUAAUUAAUUAAUCGAAAUUAAUCUAAUUUUAAUUGCAUAAAUAUUUGACUUGAGAACAGUGAGAAGUAAUUUUUUCACAUGGAUUUUUAUUUUUGUUCACUGAGAAUCUAUGAGAAUUGAGGUUGGAUUCAAAAGCAUCAACAGGUGUGUGGUGGAACAGUGCAGGGAGAUAGCAGGAAGGCUGAAGUGUGGAGGAUCCUCAGUUCAAACCUGCUCUCUCAGAAGGAGGGUUUGGUUGCAGUCAGGGCUUCAAACUGUAAACUUUGAAACAGUUUUGAGGUUUAGUAAACAAUCCCAAGGUCUAAUAUGAGAAACGGACCCAAUGAGGCAUGUGCUUGAAUAGCACAAGGGAACAACUGAAGGGCUGCAGGCUCCAACCUGCUGUCUGAGGUUGUGGGUUCAUGCCCCUUCAUGCAGACAUCACUUCUGCUUUGAAAGAGUUUUGAGGUUUGAGUAGCAGUUUCAAGGUUAAAUACGAGAAACAUUUGUGCAUGGUGAGGUAGUGCAGCACAAGAGCUGAGGAGCUACUGUCCUUACCUUGUGGGUUCAAGCCCAGUCUUGGGUUUGAGCCUUUGGCUUUACUUCAGGUUUGAGUAGCAAUCUCAAGGUUAAAUACAACAAACAAAGGGUUGGUUAGUGUGUGCUGAAGUAGCACAGUGGAAGAGCUGCUGCCACAAGCCUGCA